AUGGCUUCUCCAGAAGCCGAACCCCAAAAGGAAGAGAACCAUCCCUCCGAGCAUGAUCUCUGUGAGGAAAGAAUGCAACGUCACCUUCAGGACAGCGACUCACCAAACAAAGAAUUCGACGAAACAUGUCCUUCAUUUGAAACCUUUUGCCCUUUGUCCAGUUCAAAUAGUCUGACCGCUAUCGACAACGUCUCUACGGUAAUCGACGAAGGCCAACUGUGCAAGGAAUUGCAACGUCGUUGA